AAAUACAGUGCGAUGUGUUGGCCAACAGAUGGCGCUGUGUAGCUGUGUACGUCACAUAAAGUCGUCACAUGACUGUCGGAGGGGAAACACAACAGGAAGCGAGUUAUCGCUGUGUUGUUGAAGAAACCAAACUUCACUAAAAAUUCUGCCAAUUGAAGAUAAUCUUGAAUCUCAACCCAGGGUUAGAAGUCACCAUGGGGUCGGCAGUGGAGAGGACAGACGAACAUGUGAGAGAGUAUCUGAUCUACCGUGGCUUCACCAGCACUCUGAAACACCUGGACAAUGACAUCAAAGCUGACAAGGAGAAAGGCUUCAGGGUGGAUAAGAUCAUUGAUCAGCUACAGCAGUUUAUCCAGAGCUUUGACCUGUUUGGUCUGAAGGAAUACUGGCUUUACCUGGACAGACGUCUGUUCUGCAGACUGGAGGAUGUUUACAGAUCCACGGUCAACAAACUGAGAACCAGCCUCUACAGAUACUAUGUCAUCAACACCAUCCAGAGAGGAAACCUGGAGAAGACUCAGGAGUUUUUCCAGAAGCAGGCGUUAGAGCUGCAGGGUCAGGCCGAGUGGCGUGAUUGGUUCAUCCUGCCUUUUAUUUCCUCCCCUGAACAGAACCCCGCUUUCUCUCCUUACUUCUCUCGCCAGUGGGCCGAUACCUUCCUGGUUUCAUUGCACAACUUCCUGUCUGUCCUCUUCCAGUGUAUGCCCCAGCCGGUCCUACUGAGUUUUGAUGCCGAAGUCCAGAAGAUGAUCAGCUUGACAGAAGAGAACGAACAGCUCCGCCAGCUGCUGUUUGCCCUGCAGACAGAGAGUCGGGACCAGAGAGAUGGAGACGAGGUGGUCCACCACAAGCUGCCGAUGUAUGUCCAGAACAUGGACCGACUUGGAGACACUGAGCUGGACUUGGUUUCGAGUCAGCGCACUGUCAGCACUGCCAGCACUCCUUCCAGAAACUUCUUCUCUACAUUCCUACCGCAGGGCCGACGCACUCCUGGGAAACCGACUCAGUUCAUCACCGGGUCCUCACCAAACCAGGUAGCAGUGGGCAGGAAGGACCUACCAGCCAAUCUGCCUGCAAAGUCAAAAGAGACAGUCCAACCUAAAGAAGUGAAGCCCGUUUCCUGCCAGGCAUCAACCAGUGAACCUGCAAGCUCACAGCCCCAGCAGUCAGCAAACCAGCCUUCAAACCAGCUGACACAUCCCAGACACAAGAGACUGCAGGAUCAUGAGAAAGAGAGGAAAGAACUUUUCUCCAAACCACCAUCACAGACAACAGAGAAGAAGGGGGAAGCAGGAGAAGCAGAACACCUUGCUGAGACUUCCAGCGAACCUCCCGACUCAUCCUCCUCAACUAGCAGGAGCAGCGGAGGAGGAGCAGAGGGCGGAGGUCUGUCAGCGGAACAGCCUUUCAUCAAACUCAGCCAGGAGGAGUAUGGAGAACACCACUCCUCUAUCAUGCACUGCAGGGUUGACUGUUCUGGUCGCCGCGUUGCCAGUUUGGAUGUUGAUGGAGUCAUCAAGGUGUGGUCAUUCAACCCCAUCAUGCAGACCAAAGCGACCAUCAUGUCUAAGUCUCCCCUGCUGUCUCUGGAGUGGGCCACCAAACCCGACAGACUGUUGUUACUAGGCAGCGGGGUUGGCACAGUGCGACUGUAUGAUACGGAUGCCAAGAAGAAUCUCUAUGAGAUGAACAUUGAUGAAACUCAUCCACGCAUCUUGUCUCUAGCCUGCAGUCCCAGUGGCUCGUCAUUUGUUUGUUCAGCUGCAGCUCUCAGUCGAUCUGGGAGCUGUGAUUCUGUUCCUCGACUUCCUAUCCCGGUGUCAGGACAGCUGCUGCUCUGGGACACCAAGACUGUCAAACAACAGCUCCAGUUCUCUUUGGAACCUGAACCAGUAGCCAUUAACUGCACAGCCUUCAACCACAAUGGAAAUUUGCUGGUCACUGGAGCUGCUGACGGAGUCAUCAGACUGUUUGAUAUGCAGAGGUAUGAGAGCGCUAUGAGCUGGAGAGCUCACGAUGGAGAAGUUUACAGUGUGGAGUUCAGCUAUGAUGAAAACACUGUCUUCAGCAUCGGAGAAGAUGGCAAGUUCAUCCAGUGGAACAUCCAUCGGUGUGGCGUGAAGCAGUCGGAGCAGGUUUUGCCUCAGGAUGCCACCGGGCCCUUCGUGCUGUCAGGGUACAGUGGAUACAAACAGGUUCAGGUUCCUCGAGGUCGACUCUUUGCCUUUGACUCUGAAGGACAACAUGUCCUGACCUGUUCCAGCACUGGAGGACUCAUAUACAGACUGACCAAUGGGGAACCAGCCCUGGAGAGCGUGCUGUCACUAGGUGGCCACAAAGCGCCUGUUGUGACAGUUGACUGGUGCUCGGCAGUGGACUGCGGCACCUGCUUGACCGCCUCCAUGGAUGGGAAGAUCAAACUGAGCACGCUCCUGGCACAGAAGUCCUGACAGAGGACUCCCGAGGGAUCAGAGGUCUUUGAGUUUAAAAUAAACAGAUUCAGUUUGCUUGAUGGAGGUUAUUCCGAGAUCUGAAAAAUACAAUAUGUCAUCUAUUUCAUGAGGUGAUACAGUGAAAAUUGACCAAUCUGUUAUAAAUUGAUAUUAACAAUAAAAUUCCACUGAAAGUUCAAAUGAAAAA